GGCUCUCUAAGUUUGUACUCCGUACCUACCAUCCAUCCAUCCCUCAAUGGAACUACCUACCUAAGAAACGACCACCCGAAAUGUGUUAACUGCCGGUCCACCUAGGUACCUAGUUGCCCGCAGCCAUGACUACCUAUGCAACCAUCUGACCAAACCGCUUUCCGGUCAACCUCUCGAAAAAAAAAAAACAGCACACUUCUUUCGCCCACCACGCACUUGCUACCAUUCUCGAUACAUUCCAACUCAUAUCCAUAUACGAGCACGAAGGAACAGUCGUCGCCUUGUGUCGUCAGAUCCGGUCUGCCGGGAUCCAACCGAGUCAGGCGUCGCAUAGAACCAAACCCUAUAACCGCCGACGUCGGCAUCUCACGCAGUCAUGACUGAACCCUUCCCGACCCCAACAGCGACACCGAAACGCAAACGCGACGAGGACUUCCCGUUAUCUCCGAUAUUUACCACCUCGAGUUUCUCCUUCCAGCUACCCGAUGCCAAGAGCGACGAUGAAGGAAGCGGGAGCCCACACAGCAAGGUCGUCCACAAGUUUCGUGGUUUGGCGUUGAAUGGAGGAGGUGGUGGUGGGGGCGGGGUAGCCCAGCAACAGAAGCGAGAUGGGCCAUACGACCCUACGCGGGAAGACCGUCAAGGCGGGUACAACGACGACCCUUUCGCAAGCCGAAAGAGAGCCAAGGUCCCAGAGCUGGAUAUGAAGGACGCCGAAGCAGACGCGGCAGAACCAGUCGUCAUUCCCGACCCGGAGAUCAAGAGCGACCCUGUUCCUGCAGCCAAGUUCAUGUCGGCUACCGUCGACACUGAUACAACCGCCGAGGAGAUUUUACAGCCUAUAGCGAUGACUGCCGCUGCCACAAACCUGCAACGCCCGCACUCCUUGAUGGAUCGACUACAUGACUCCAAGUCUAAAGGACGAAGACGCGCCGGUACCCCGCCGCUGAAGGAUCGCAAGGGCAAGGUCGCCCAGGCGCAAGACGAGGACCGGGAGAUGAAGAUCGUGGACCCAGUCCGGGCCGCACUGACGUGGAAGGAGGAGGAGAUUACGAUUUAUGACCCCGAGGAUGAGGACGACGACGGAACAGGAAUUAAUGGUGUUGGCUUCAUGCCAACAGCCGCCAUGGCUUAUGCGCGAACGCAGAAGCGCCGGCUACAGCUUGCCGAGUACAAGAAGCGGGAAGAGAGCGAGGCUAGGGCCCGGCGCAACCAGCGCAGACGGGGCAGCGCCGCGGGCCUAGGCUCUGGUAACAGCAGUAGUGGCAGGGGUGGCGGCGUGCGAAAGGUCCGCUUCACAGAAGCAGAGCCUAACCCGGUUGUGACGAACGUAUGAGCACAGCAGUUAUGAUGACAUUUUUGGUGAUUGGAACUGGGACAUGGCGUAUUCGCUGUCCCUUGUUAUGUGUGGUCUGGCCUAAGGACGAUCAUAGGAGGCGUUGACUGGCGUUUGGGCACGGGCGUUCAUAAAAGCAGGAUUGAACCUAUCUCAGCAGUCAAGAUUAUGGAUGCAUGCGGGUGACAAGUAUGACAAGCUUCUGUUCUUUUUCUUUUUGCGCAGCAAAGUCGCAAUGCGAACAAGUCAGCAUGGGAGUCAAAGGGGCGACAGAACGAUUCAAAUAG